AUGCAGAACGGCAGUCACACUUGCCAUACGCCAUACUGGAAGACGAUAUUCCCCUCUGCUUUCUCUGUGUCUGGAUACCAGUAUACUGAGGAAUAUCGAUCUUGCAUUAACCAAAGCAGAGAGGAACCGGCCGUGAGGGGACCGUCGGGCACCGCCGAUGUCUCCGACGUUGAAAUCCGCGGGCGAUUCCCGCCUUAUCGCUUUAUCAGCUUACUCGAUGGAAAUGGUCUUUCUCCCGAGAUCGCCUGGGCACCUUCGGGCAUUGAUUCUUGA